UUAAUAUAUAUAUACUUACACCUUCUAUUGUGACUGUGUUCAUUGCUCUUUCGAUUUUUCUUCUUCUUCUUGUUCAUUCUUAUUCAUUCUGAUAUGGGUAAGAAACUUGAUGCAUUGUUGGGAAGAAACAACUUCAGAACUGAUAAGUUCAAACCAACCGUUAGUCUCGCAAUCUCUCGUCUCGCUGUUCUCAAGAAUCAGCGAAACGCGCGUCUCAGACAAGCUCGUUCUGAUGUUGUUCAACUUCUCCAACUCCCCGAUCAUCAUAAACGCGCACUUCUCCGAGUGGAGCAUGUAAUCAAGGAGCAGAAUAUGCUGGAUGUGUACGAUGAGAUUGAAGGAUACUUGAAUCUAUUGAUCGAAAGGAUCCACCUCAUUGCACAAGAAAGAGAAUGUCCUGAUGAACUACAAGAGGCGGCAUCGGGGAUUCUGUUUGCGGCGUCUAGGUGCGGAGAUUUUCCGGAGAUUCAAGAGAUUCGUGCCAUUCUUACUUCUCGAUUCGGGAAAGAGUUUGCUUCACGUGCUAUUGAGUUGAGGAAUAAUUGUAAAGUUCAUCCUAAGAUAGUCACGAAGCUUUCGACGAGGAUGCCGAGCCUAGAAAGUAGAAUGAAGGUACUCAAAGAAAUUGCUUCUGAGAAUGAUAUUACUGUGCAGCUUGAACAAGUUUCUUCAACGAAAGAUGAGGAACAAGUAAUGAAUGAGGAAAAGAAAAACCAGCAUAAGUCUGAGAAAAAGGAAGAAGAUAAUGAGGGGAAAAGUGAUGAACUUUCUGAUUCGUUUAAGGGUAGGAAAAAGUAUAAGGAUGUAGCCGAUGCAGCACAAGCAGCUUUUGAGUCAGCGGCAUAUGCUGCAGCUGCUGCUAGAGCGGCCGUGGAACUUUCAAGAUUCCAACCACAUGAUCCUCAUUAUGACGACGACAACGACGACGAUAAUGGUUCAAGCCCUCAAUCAAGAGAAGUGUUGAAUGGACAUGAUCAUUCUGUGAAAGCUAUGUCUCCAUUGGAAGGAGAAGAAUCCAAUAAGAAUGCUGAAGAGUUAGAGAAACCUAAAGAUACUUCUAGUUCAAACUCAGAUGGUGAUUCAGUGGAUGAAGAGAUUGUAUUGGAAUCGAAGAUGCAGAGUACACCUUUUAUUGAUUUAGAGAAGAAGCCAUUUUCUGUGAGGACUAAAAGAGUGCAAGGUUAUUGAGUAAGGAUGAUUUGUAUGUAUUUAUGUAUGUAUCAAUCUAAGGCUAUUUGAAGUUCAUAUUUUUGGCAUGUUACAUUGUAUAUUUGGAAGAUUCAUCUUGAUAUUGUACUAGAUUAGAGUCAUUUAAGUUUGUUUUUGUCUAAAACAUAGAUUGUGUGACAUUAUUUUAAGGAAGAAAUUAGCACCAAUGUUGAAAA